AUGCAUCGCAGCAGAGGCGGCGUCAAUGACAUCAGAAGUCGCGGUGGCUCUGCGCGUGGUAGUGGACGGAGUGGUGGGCGUGCAUGGUUGCCCCAAUAUUGUCAGGGGCACAUGCCAUCAUCAUCAUUGCUGCAACUAUCAAGACCGUCGCAGCCAGGCGCAGCGAGUGUCGAUGAGAACCCUCAGGAAAUGCUCGAUCCUGCGCUAACGGUGUCAAGGCAAGGGGAAGCUGGCACCCAAUGUUUUUGCGCGCAUCAUCAACAUCCGAGGCAGUUUCAUUAUCAACAAAACCACAGAGUGCAGGUGAUUCCCAUAACCUCCGUGCACGAUGGGACAAAUGAAAUUUCAAGGGUGCAUACUGGGCUUGGUGUUGCUGAUUCUGUUCAUUUAAAGCGUCACGAAGUUAGCAGCAGUGGCGCCUAUGAGGCAUCCAUGGGUGAGCAUCCCCAUAAUACUUCUCCGAUGGAAAGGAAUGUGAUGUUCCCCCCACCACUUUGGUCUGGCCCCCGUAGUAGUCUACAUGGUUGGAGUCAUUUUACAAGAGGUAGGUCAACACUGCCGCAGCAGUCGCGGCAGUCACUGCAGUCAUCGGCUCCGGCACGUUUUUCUGGGGGGCGAGGAGCUAGAGUUCUUCACAGUGGUCAACGUACUCGCAAACCCAAAGAUGGGAUCCGUCAAAAGGCUUGUAGUCAAUCCCUUGGUGGUUUGGAAAGAGCUGGUGGCACCCGAACUGUAGCUUUGGAUUGCAGAGUUACCAAUCUGCGAAGGCGGCAGCAAACUGAGCAAGGUACAUCUUCGUUGCGGCAGAGGGGAGGGAGUUCUCCAAAGGUGGAGUUGUACUCUCAUCAGUCACCUGUUUAUGAGUUAGGCGAAAGCCGUUUUUCAACUCCAUUGUGUCUUGAAACGAGCGAAACGGCAAACCCAGCAGCUUCGCAGCCAUACAGAAUCACUCACAGGCAUCUGUGUUUUUCUAAUUAUUGUCAACAUUAUACUCCAGCUUCGAGCGAGGCUAGCGUUUCACCGGACAAAGUUGGUGCAACGCUGAUUGUAACGGAAAACAGUGGAUCGAAGGAUACAACAACUGUAGAAACGGCGGUGUGGGAGCAGCGGCAGCAAGGACAAGGACAAUAUGAGCAACGAGAAAGUGAAAAGGGUUCUAUAGAUGAUCUGGAUUCUACUUCCUUACCACCUGCUAGGUGUGCUCAGGUACCCUCUUCAGAUAAAAGCCCUUUAGUGCACUCGCCAGUGUCACUCUCAUCAAAGCAGUUGCAGCGACAACCUCAUCAAGCAGACACUGAUAGGAAUGACACGGGGCCAAACUAUCUUCUUCCUCCACGACCAGAAUGUUAUUCUGGCUGCAUCACCUGUUGUCUAGACCUUGAUAACACUCUGGUGUAUACAUUUCAGUGGCCUCCAUCGUGGUGGGACCCGGAGAACAAUCCACUUCAUCUUGAGAUUGAGAUUGACUCAUCCUCGGCUAGAGUGAAAGGGUCGAAUUUUGAUAGGAAAAUUUCUGACGAUUACCGCAAUGUUACGUCGCCCUCUUUUUUGUCUUCACAAAGCUUAGAUUUGGACAGUGGCAUGGAUGUAACGGAGCCUCCAUCACGAGAUCAAGUGUGUCCAGGUAUUUCUGAUUGCCAUUAUGUCUGUAUUCGACCACAUGCGCUCGAAUUUGUUCAAUUUUGUCUGGCGAAGUUCGAGGUGGUCUUCUUCACGAGCGGCACAGAGGAAUACGCACGACCAAUCUUUGACUAUUUGGAGCCGAAGCGAGUCGCUCACCGUCUGUACCGUCACCACUGCACAGAGUAUAGGGAGGGAAUGUACAGGAAGGACCUGUCGCUGCUAGGGCGCCCACUUGAUAGUGUUAUUCUCUUUGACGACCGUGGGCCUGACGCAAGCUUUCAGCCAAGAAAUGUGCUGUUUUGUGAACCCUUUAUUCUUGAAGAGGUGAAUGACGCGUAUGGCCUUUCUACAAAGGACGAUGAACUGUGUGGAUACAUGGAGUUUCUCGAGAUGCUGACAAACCUACAGAGGGAAGUGAUGCUUCAGGCUAUAGCGGCCUACCAGGAGGAGGUGAUGAAGGUAACAUUGGUGUUAUUGACGGACGAAGUGCAGACACUGGAGGAGACAAGUGGGGUCGGCGCUGAUGUAGGAUGGAAAGAGAGCUCAUAA